AUGUCCGUGCUGAAGAAAGAGGCCAAGGGCGAUGCGCCUUCUCCCUCGUCUGCGAUUGAGAAGCCAACAUUUACUCCCACCACCCUUAAAGCUCCAUUCCUCGAGCAAUUCACUGAUGACUGGGAGACCCGGUGGACGCCCUCCCAUGCCAAGAAGGAGGAUUCGAGUUCGGAUGAGGACUGGGCCUAUAUUGGAACCUGGGCUGUUGAGGAGCCGCAUGUCUUGAAUGGCAUGGUGGGCGACAAGGGCUUGGUGGUUAAGAAUCCCGCCGCCCACCAUGCGAUAUCAGCCAAGUUCCCCAAAAAGAUCGACAACAAGGGCAAGACGUUGGUGGUUCAAUACGAAGUCAAACUUCAGAACUCCCUGGUUUGCGGUGGCGCGUAUAUGAAGCUUCUUCAGGACAAUAAGAAGCUUCACGCUGAGGAAUUCUCGAACGCCUCGCCAUAUGUGAUCAUGUUCGGACCUGACAAGUGUGGAGUUACCAACAAGGUCCAUUUCAUCUUCAGGCAUAAAAACCCCAAGACUGGCGAGUAUGAAGAGAAGCAUAUGAAUGCGGCACCAGCCGCCAAGAUUAACAAGCUAUCCACUCUUUACACCCUCAUCGUCAAACCAGACCAAUCGUUUCAGAUCCGUAUUGAUGGAAAAGCUGUCAAGAACGGCACUUUACUUGAAGAUUUUAGCCCAGCCGUCAACCCUCCGAAGGAGAUUGAUGACCCCGAGGAUAAGAAACCGGAGGAUUGGGUUGACGAAGCUCGUAUCGCUGAUCCAGAUGCAACCAAACCCGAAGAUUGGGAUGAGGAUGCACCUUAUGAAAUUGUUGACACUGAUGCCGUUCAGCCAGAAGACUGGUUGGUCGAUGAGCCCACUAGCAUCCCUGACCCAGAGGCCGAGAAGCCCGAGGAUUGGGAUGAUGAGGAGGAUGGAGACUGGACGCCGCCUACCAUUCCCAACCCCAAGUGCAGCGAAGUGUCCGGUUGCGGAAAAUGGCAGCAGCCGAUGAAGAAGAACCCAGACUACAAGGGCAAAUGGGUCGCACCCAUGAUCGAUAACCCCGCCUACAAGGGACCGUGGGCCCCACGUAAAAUCCCCAACCCCGACUAUUUCGAAGAUAAGACUCCCGCCAACUUUGAGCCUAUGGGCGCUAUCGGGUUUGAGAUCUGGACAAUGCAAAGUGACAUCCUCUUCAACAACAUCUACAUUGGCCACUCCAUUGAAGACGCGGAGAAGCUCAAGGCUGAAACCUGGGACCUCAAACACCCAGUCGAGGUUGCGGAAGAGGAAGCAUCCCGGCCCAAGGAUGAGGAGAAGGAGGCAGGAACCUCGUUCAAAGAGGAUCCCGUCCAGUACAUUCGCAAGAAGAUCGAUCUUUUCAUCUCCCUGGCUCUUGAGAACCCGGUCGAAGCCGUCAAGACUGUUCCAGAGGUAGCGGGUGGUCUGGGCGCUCUCUUGGUUACUUUCAUUCUCAUUGUUGUUAGUGGGAUUAGCCUUGGCUCCAGCUCCUCUCCUGCUCCCAAAAAACAGGCUGAAAAGGGUAAGGAGAAGGAGAAGGCGUUAGCCUCCGAAGCUGUUAGCACAGGGGCGGAUAAUGUGAAGGGUGGAGCUAAGAAGCGGUCUACCAAGACUAGCGAGUAA